GAGCAAAAAGAGGAUAUACUUUUUUCGAGCACAGCUCUGAUAAGUGACGCCUUCCAUAGAUCAACCAGCCAGUUUUUUACUGGCUGUGAAGAUGGCCGCGCUCACGCGAAAGAUUUUAUCACGAUGUGAUCGAUUCCAGUAUGGAAUUUCAUUUAGAAAUAUCUCAUUUUCACCUUCACUCGCAGGAAAGCCCACCUUCAACUGGCAAGAUCCAUUUGAUCUCGAGUCCCAGCUGACACAGGAUGAGGUCUUGAUCAGGGAUCAAUUCCGAACGUACUGUCGCGAGAAAUUGUUGCCACGUGUGGUGGAAGCUAAUCGCAAGGAGAUCUUUCACAAGGAAAUCAUGAGAGAGAUGGGUCAGUUGGGUAUCCUGGGGUGCACCAUGAAGGGUUACGGUGCUGCUGGUGUCUCCUCCGUGGCAUACGGACUCCUGGCCAAGGAAAUUGAGUACGUGGACAGUGGGUACAGGUCUGCACUGUCGGUUCAAUCCUCUCUGGUAGCAGGUGCCAUCUACGAUCACGGGGACGAGUCGCAGAAGCAGCGAUUCCUUCCGAAACUGAUCUCUGGGGAACUGAUCGGUUGUUUCGGACUGACCGAGCCCAAUCAUGGCAGCGAUCCUGGAUCAAUGGAGACCAAAGCUACUUACGAUUCAGGGAAGAAGGUUUACAGGUUGAAUGGGGGCAAAACAUGGAUCACUAAUGCACCAGUUGCUGACGUACUGAUCGUGUGGGCCAAGUGCGAGGACAAUGUGAUCCGAGGAUUCAUCAUCGAAAGGAAAGGCAACGAGAGCCGACUGUCCACGCCAAAGAUAGAAGGCAAGUUCUCGCUGAGGGCCUCCGUCACUGGCAUGAUCCUGAUGGACAACGUGGAGGUGCCCAAGGAGAACCUACUACCAAACGUUCAAGGUCUCAAAGGUCCGUUCACCUGCUUGAACAACGCUCGAUAUGGGAUCGCGUGGGGUGCACUGGGUGCUGCUGAGGCUUGUUUGACCACGGCCAGGUCGUAUGCCCUGGAUAGGAAGCAAUUUAACAGGCCGUUAGCGGCCAAUCAAUUAGUGCAGAAGAAGUUGGCUGACAUGAUGUGCGACAUCGCGAUCGGUCUUCAGGCCUGCUUGAGAGUAGGCAGGCUGAAGGACGAGGGCAGGGCUACACCAGAGAUGAUUUCUAUAAUAAAGAAGAACUCAGCCAUGAAGGCUCUUGAAAUCGCAAGGACAGCCAGGGACAUGUUGGGUGGCAAUGGGAUUUCAGACGAGUAUCAUAUUAUUAGACAUAUGAUGAAUCUAGAGAGCGUAAUUACUUACGAAGGUACAAACGACAUCCACAGUUUGAUACUGGGCAGAGCCAUUACUGGCAUACAGGCAUUCUCUGCAUAGACAAGGGUUAAUUUUUAAAAACGGAAAGGUCCGUUCAACAAAGGGCGUUGCACAACACAAGCGACUCGGAUUAAUCAUAAAUAAAUUAAGUUUAAUUGCUAAGUAAUAAAACGUUAAUUACAUAUGUCAAUGAUAAUUAAUUUAAGUACAACACACGUCUCGUGCAAAAGUGUAAAGAAGUUUCUUUUUCGUGCUACACUCAAUUACCAUUUUUUUUUUGUGAUUUUUUUUUUUAAAUACUUUUUUUCUGUUUGGUUUGUUGUUUGGUUUGGUUUUGCCUCUCGUCGACGAUAAACACUCGCCACUUUUUAUUUCCUCUGUGUACUCGUGUGUGUCAAUCGUGUAUUUGUGUCUGUUUUUUUUUCCUGUCUCGUUCUCAAAUUUCUUUUUUAAAUGGUUCUCGACUACAAUAAGCUCUUGGUAAAACGUAGUAACAUCGUAGUUUACAAUAGUUUACAAUCUCCCUCCGACGGUUUCCCGAUCUCGCCGCAAAAAAAUUUGUGUGUCUAUUACAUGAUUACACGCUCGAAUCGAAUUUCCCGCACCUUUUCGAAAUCGUUCUUUUUUUUCUUUUCGUAGCUCAACAAAUACAAAAUUGUUACUCGAAUUUUCGCGUUGAAUUUGAAGCUCUUCGAAGAUCGAUCGUUGAUCGAUCGAUCGACGAGCGGACGCUAACAAACUGGUCACUUACAAGAAAAAACUAGCCACUCGUCGAUCUCUCGAUCGAUCGAUACAUCUCGAUAGGGAUAUCUCGAUUCGAACGUUCACAAUUGUCUCUCUCAUUCGCUCGAAUCAUUCUCUCCCUCCCUCAUCACGCUUUAUCUCUCGCGAAAACAACGACACAGCUCUCUUUCUCUCGCUCUUUCAUUCAUACUUUGAGUGUCUCUCUGUGUGUACGUCUGUUUCUUUAGUAUCUGUGUGUCAUUCACUAAUGAAUACGUAAGUGUAAACAAUAAAUAAUGCUUCUUUA